AUGCUUCCGAUAGAGAUUCCUCGGUCACUGAGCCGAAAUUGGCCAUGUCGAGAGCUUCAAACCAGACAACUUGCCAGCCUUCUUGGGCCUCUCGGUCCUAGCCCUGCAACGUUAGUUGUGCAUGGUAUAUCUGCCACGUGCAAGUCGACCAUCGUUCGCGCCGUCCUUUCCUCCCUCGAAGUUCCACACGCCAUUGUGCGAAGCACGGAAUGCAUAACAGGCCGCCACCUGCUGACAAAGAUACUGUGGGCAGCAUUAGAAGCAUUGGGGAAACGGGAUGAUUGGGAGAAAUAUGGCAAAGGAAGGUGUGAGCAUGUCAGUACGCUCGCCGUCCUUCUAAGUGAAUGUUUGGCAUCAAGGUCUGGCAAGGCAGAUGAGAAGUUCGUGCUUGUUUUGGAUGGGAUCGAUAAGCAGCGAGAGGCACCACAGACUCUGUUGUCUGCGCUAGCGAGGCUGGGAGAAAUAAUCCCCAGUCUCUCGGUUGUUUUGAUUCUCAGCGCUACUCCACGACCACUCUUCUUGCAGGCUGCAGGUGUCCCGCACAUCAGUUUUCCUCCAUAUACGCGCAACGAAGCAAUUACCAUUAUCUUGAACUCACGACCACCUACAGUAGCCGGCCUCUCUGAUGAGAUACCACUUAAAAUAUACCCCCAUUUCGUUUCGGCCAUCUAUGACUCCCUAGUUGGGCCCACAGCCAGUUCUAUUCCCACCUUUCGAUCGAUAUGCGAGAAACUUUGGCCCCAGUUCAUGUCUCCUAUCACAAACGGCGAGACUCCGCCCGGAGGCAGUGAAGAAUGGGACUUCUCUCGGCUUCUCCUUAAGAAUCGUGGUCUCUUCCGGCAUCACGGCGAAGCGGCGCUUGUGCAUCAUAUCGUUACCGAGGAGCCAGCAUCAUUCACCAAUGGCUCAGUCUCGAAGCCCAUGCUGCCAUCUGUAUCUACGCCGUCCCCCCUUCCCUCCCUGCCUUAUUUCCCGACCUUGAUUCUAACGUCUGCCUAUUUGGCCUCCCACAUCCCCCAACGACUCGAUACCAUCUUUUUCUCCAAGUUUUCGUCAUCUUCUCUGUCAGCACGGAACAAGCGUGCCCAUCAUCGACGACGACUGAAGCUCUUAUCUAAAGCCCAGGCGGAGGAUGCUCGAACUGUCAGCAAUGAUCCCUCCACCCCAAGCAAAAAGGGCAAGAGACAAAAGACUCGCAUCACAAAAUCGACCUUGGAGUCGGCUUUUGCCACUUCUUCCGCCACAACCUCUGCUGCUGGGGCCACUGGUAUCACUGGCCCAUCCACCAUUCUCACAGCCCGUCCAUUCCCCUUGGAGAGACUGAUGGCUAUCUACCACGCUAUUGAUCCUAACCCGCCGGCAAAUCCCAUCCUUCAAGCAGCAGUUUCCGAUGCAAUAUAUGCGGAACUUGCCACGCUACGUCGACUACGGCUUGUUGUUCCUGCUGCAGGUCGAGAAAGUGGUGGUCGCAUGGGAUUGGGGUCAGGUGGAUUGAAUAGCGGAAACACCACAUCCGAUGCUGGUGAAAAGUGGUGUGUCAAUGUCUCUGGCGACUGGAUCGGGGAAAUGGCCAAGGGUAUCGGGGUUGAAGUUGGUGAAUGGUUAGCAGGAGGCUUAGAUUAG